AUGGCAGCGAAGCGAGUAAGGUCAGAAAACUGGGAGUUUGCCGACAAGCUUUAUGUAGCAGAGCUUGUGUUGGAGUAUGUUCGCAUUGUCGAGGACAAGUCUGCAAACAUACACACACUGAGAAAGAAAAAGGAUGCGUGGCAGGCCAUAACCGAACGCUUCAAUGCCAUGACCGCGUUUGGCCCGCGAUCAGAAGAUGCCAUCAAGGGACAGUGGAAGCGCCUCAAAUUGGCCGCAAAACAAAAAGUUCGAAUGUAUCAGAAGGAGCACUGCGGCACUGGCGGGGGCCCUGAAUUUGAGCUGUCCGCAAUAGACAAAGCCAUUUGGGAGGCUCUACCGCAAGAAUUUCACAAAGACACCAACGAAUACGACGACGAUGCAACUGCGGCAGAAUCUGAACCACGAGCCUCAGACGUGGCAGGAGAAACCCAGGAAGGUCGCAGCAGUCCCGUCCUGUGUCCAUCUGGUAGCAUCACAGCAGCCCAACCAACGACACCAGUGGUCACUGAAGUGGCCAACAAUACCACUACACCUUCACAAACUGCAACACAGGGACACAGGAGAAGACGACGUAGCAGAGCAAGAGCAGGGCCUACUGCUACCCCAGCAGCUGCGUACGCGCAGAAACUGGAACGCCAGCAGCAGUAUGAUCACGAGCAGCACAUGUUACAAGUACAAAUCCUGCACAUGCAACUGGAACGAGAGAGGAAGAUCAGCUCCUAUCUUGAACGUCUGCACACCUAUGAGCUUGAAGCUGCAAAACACAAAUCAAUGUACUGGGAAAAAAAAGCAAGGCUAGAGGCAUUUGACGACAGCAGUUAA